AUGACAGCUCAAGGCCCUCCGAGACCUGCGAUCGGAAUCACCGAAUCAUCUUCUCCUCAGCAUCGCGCUCGCCCUCCUCCUUCAACAUCGAGAGCCGACGACUGGCUCGGACGAGCCAUCGACGCUGCGAAUCUCAUCUCGACGGCAGCUCAAAUCACACCCAUUGCAUGGAUCAGUCCUGCGGCGAGCCUCGUAGUCAAGUUCUUAGAAAUGGUCCAGAAAUGCGGGAAAAAUGGCAGGGAUUUGAAGGAGCUCACAGAAGCAAUUGUGGAGUUCAUACAGGCCGUCCACGCAGUCACAGCGAAGGCUGAAAGUGCUUCGGUGCUCGAUUUUCAGCAGAUGUGCAUCAAUUUCACGUACGACCUGGAGGGUAUUCUCAGCGACUUGGAAACCAUGACAGGAAGUGAUCGUGGACGCCUGAAGCAGUAUCUAAAGUCCAACUCGAUCGCUGAGAAGAUUGCGACGUACAAGCAGCGUGUUGUCGACUUGCGAAGUAAACUGAUGCUGGCAGCUACUUUAGGCACUCGUCUCCACUCGUCGCGUGUCAGCGAUCAAGUCACUGCAUUGCAUGUCUCUGUUGAAGGAGGAUUCGCGGACGUCUCAACACAAAUCGCCGAGAGCACGAAGAGUAACCAAAUCUAUGACGGAGAGUUCCGUCUCAUACGGAAAGGAGAUGUCCACCUACUUCGACAAGUGAAACAAUCAACUGUGACGAUUGUCUCCCGAGAGGUUGAUGCUAUAAUCAAUCGGUCGGGGAAGCUCUCGAAACGUCAACGCAAAAUCCUCCGCUAUGGGGAACCUUUGAAGCGCAGCUUUCGCACAUCUCAUUCUACGGUGUACACCGAGUAUAUUGCUAGUGUCAUGGGGAACUGUGAAAGAAAGACGGUACGGGUUUACAAAACGGAGCAUAGAGCCAAACUGCUCGAAGACCUCGCACGGUACGCGGAGCUUAGCCAUCCAAACCUUCCUCAGGUAUUUGGUAUAUCACGUUCCGCGGAGUUCCCUGCUAUCAUUCUUCAUGGAGAUACAACGCAUACGCUGGAUGAGCACCGUGCAAUCCUCAGGAAUUCGUCGGCAAUGGAGCAGUUCCUGUUCGAGUCGCACGACUUGAUCUGCUGCAGAGCGAUACCUAAAUGCAACUUUGUCUUCGGACUGCCUUUCUGGCAAGCCCCAAGUCUGUUCCAGGACUCACUCACUCCGCAUCACGGAAAUUCUCUCAACCUCGACAUCUGGUUAUGA